UGAUCACUGAUCAGUUCAAAUAUAGUAGGGUUACGUUUUAUCGGUUUUCACUCAAUCAGUCGACUGCCAAGUUCCAGCAACAUCGGACGUCGUUCCUGCGGCGGCGAUAAUAAUAAAUCGCGUCGUUCGCCGAGUCGAGCUCAGAUCGCAUAAGUCAUAUCAGAUCAUCGCGUAUUAUAAAUAGUCUGAUCACAAUGCGUUUUGUGGCAGCGAUGUUAGCGUCAACACUGUUGGCCGCGUUCCUCUGUUUGUUCGCCUCCUGUCGCACAGCCACAGCAAUGCCAUCCGACGGCGGCAGUGGCGACGGGCCACUGUACCUGACACCUCUGAUACAGGCGGGCCGGAUCGACGAGGCGCGAGCCGCGUCUAAGGUGAAACCCCUGAAGGCGGCCAUCGAGAGCUACUCCGGUUACCUGACCGUGGACAAGGCGCACGGUUCCAACAUGUUCUUCUGGUUCUUCCCGGCAAUGAGUGGCGCCAAAGACGCACCCGUAAUGCUGUGGCUGCAAGGCGGCCCAGGUGCGUCCAGCUUGUACGCCGUGUUCGACGAACACGGUCCAUUCUCGGUGGCUAAGAGCCACGGGCUCAAGCUGCGCAACCACACGUGGGUGGCCACCCACUCGAUGUUGUACUUGGACAAUCCGGUGGGCACGGGGUACAGCUUCACCGGCGACGAAGCAGGAUACAGUGCCAAUCAGACGUCCGUCGGUCUCAACGCGUACGACGCCCUGGUGCAGUUCUUCACGCUGUUCCACGAGUACCAGCACAACGAUUUCUACGUGACCGGUGAAUCGUACGCUGGUAAAUACGUACCGGCCGUGUCGUACGCCAUCCAUCUGAAUAACCCCGGAGCAAAAGUCAAGAUUAACCUCAAGGGACUGGCUAUCGGCAACGGUAUGGUCGACCCCAUCAACCAAUUGAUAUACAGUGAAUACCUGUACCAACACGGGUUCGUCGAUGAUUAUGGUAAACAAGAGUUGAAUAAACUGGAGAACCUAGCCCGUGCCCAAAUCCUUAACGAAGACUUCCAGGGCGCUUUCGACACAUUCGACAAGCUGGUGUUAAACGGAGGCGUCUAUCCGUACCCGUCGUUGUUCCAGAACCUAACCGGCAUGCGGUACAACUUCAACAUGUUGUGGGACCAAGACCCGACGCCGUACGGCGACUGGGAAAAGUACGUGCAAGAGCCGUUCAUGCGGGAAGCGCUGCACGUGGGCCAGCAGCCGUUUAACAACGGUACUACGGUCGAACACCAUCUGGAGAAUGACAUGAUGCAGUCCGUAGCCCCGUGGCUCGCCGCCCUACUGGACGCCGGCCAGUACCGCGUUCUGGUGUACUCUGGGCAGUUGGACAUCAUCGUGCCCUAUCGCGGUACAAUGAACAUGGUCAAGUCGUUGAAGUGGUCGGGCUCGGAUCGGUUACAGAAUGCGACGCGGACCAUUUGGCGGGUGGGCCACGAAAACGCGACGUUCGUGGCUGGUUACGCGACCACGGUCGAUCCGCUGACCGUGCUGCUGGUCAGGGAUGCCGGUCACAUGGUGCCGGCGGACCAGCCGAUCUGGGGCCUGGACAUGAUCAACCGAUUCACGACCGGCAAACCGUUUUAACCAGACCACGAGUCCGAAGAAGUUUCAUGAGAAUACUGUAGUAUAAUUUUAUGUUCCUGCAAUAAUUAUUGUUAUACGUUUGAUAUAAUUGCUGAGGAGAGCUAAAUUAUAAUUUAUAAUAAGCAUCAGCUGCCGCCGAUUAAAAUAAAUCACAAUUUUUAUCCGUUGACGUCAGAUUGAUUUAUACAAUAUAUUCGUUC